UGUUUCACUCAACGGUCCAAUUUCCUUUCAUCAAAACUCAACCAUAUUGAAACAACAUUCUUCGUUACAAAUCUAAUUUCCAACGUUAUUGCAAUGAACACUGAUGAAAAGGUUCAGCAUGUCACAAAGAAAAGUUCCGACGAACUGCUCAGGAAGUUUGCUGAAGUGGGUAACUCUAACAACGUUCCAAAGAAGAAGAAGAAGAAGAUCACCAAGAGGGUAGAGCCUGCCGCCGCCGCCGCCGCCACCUUCGUUGAACGGAGGUCGCUUCUACCGCCGCCGGCCGCCACGCGAAAGACGGCGUUGCUCCGGCAGAUUGGGAUCGGAGGGGCCCACAUCAUGAGGACAAGGGGUUUCAGAAACAAGUCACUGUUGGGAACGAUUGAGAAGACAUGGCGAAGAAGCAUAGAAGGGGCUUCUAGAGCUUUCAUGGAGAGGCACUAUCAUCACCAUAAACGUUUGAUCAAUGAUAUUGUUUAAAAUCUCUUUGAAGGUUAACAUGUCAAUUCCUUCUCUCAAUGUAUAUUAUAUUGCCCUAGCAAAAACCAAUCUUUUUAUUUUUUAUUUUUUUUUUAUUUUUCCCCCUUUUAUGGAUUAUAAGAUAGACAAUUUUGUUAACUCAUCAUCUUAUUGGUUUAUUCAUUGAUUAUUAUUAUUUAAUAAUAAU